AACCCAAGCAGCGUCCCUGCUUCCUUCCACCUCCCGUGGGUAGCUUGGCACAAAAAGGGCCUGGCUUGGUUUGGGGUUGAGUUUUUCUUCUACGUUCCUAGGGCCCUGGCCCCCAUCCUUGUCGCCGCAGGGCAGAGGGGACCACGCCCCUGAACGGCCCGCGGAGCCUGCUUGGCUUCUGCAGCCCUGGCCCCAUACCUGUCCCGCCCCGUUGCCAGGCUCCGCCCCUGGCCCAGUCUAUAAAAUCGCUGCUGCUUCCCUCCCCCUUCCAUGAAAGCUUCCGCCCCGGCGGCUUCGGCACCCAGGGUCCCCCCUGUCACCGCUGUGCAGGCCCGGACGCUGGGCCAACACCUGUGGCUUCACGUGCGCGCCACCGCAUCUGAAGUCACAUCUACAGCCACCUCGCCCCGGAAUCAACGCUGAGGUGGCUCCAAGCCUCAUCCACAUCUGUGACCCUGCACACCUGGUCACACCUGUGACACCUGGCCACACCACCUGUGGCCACGACAGACACCCGAAGUGACGCACCGAACCCUGACCUCCCCUGUUGUAAAGGGCAUAACCCCUCACCGACCCCGACCCCGAACUCGCAGCAGGCGCCAUGGCCGCUGCCCCCGAGAGGGCAGCGCAGCGCGUGCGGUUCGGAGAGUGGCUUCUGGGAGAGGUCAGCAGCGGCCGCUACGAGGGGCUGCGGUGGCUGGACGAGGCGCGCACUGUCUUCCGCGUGCCGUGGAAGCACUUCGCCCGCAAGGACCUGGGCGAGGCGGAUGCGCGCAUCUUCAAGGCCUGGGCAGUGGCCCGAGGCAGGUGGCCACCCAGCAGCAGUGGGGGUGGCCCACCGCCCCCAGAGGCUGAGGCUGCGGAACGAGCUGGCUGGAAAACCAACUUCCGCUGUGCGCUGCAUAGCACGCAGCUCUUCGUGUUGCUACGGGACAACUCAGGGGACCCCAUUGACCCACACAAGGUGUAUGCGCGCAGCCUGGAGAAGGGGUGCAGAGAAUGCCCAGCCACGAACCAGGAAGAAGAGGCCCUCAGAAGUGCCCUGCCCACACAGGCUGGCGGUGAAAGGGACCUCUUACUCCAGGUUCUGCAGCAGAGUUUCGUGGGGGACCCCCUGCUGGAAGCUUCGCUGGUGGUGGCAGACUCAGUCACCCUACCACAGGCUCCUGGCCCAGUGCAGCUUGAGGAGGCACCCGCACAAUGGGCAGUGGAGCCUGUGCCUUGCCCUAGACCUCAGCCCCCAGCCCUAGCAACGGAGUCCAGCUCAGGGGUUCUGGAUGUGACCAUCAUGUACAAAGGGCGCACAGUGCUGCAGGCUAUGGUGGGACACCCCAGCUGUGUGUUCCUGUAUAGCCCCUCGGGCCCAGACAACCAGGCCCUACAGCCUCAGCAGGUUGUCUUUCCCAGUCCUGCUGAGCUACCAGACCAGAAACAACUGCGCUACACCGAGGAGCUGCUACAGCACGUGGCCCCAGGGCUGCAGCUGGAGCUGCGUGGUGUGGCACUGUGGGCCAGGCGUAUGGGCAAGUGCAAGGUGUACUGGGAGUUGGGCAGCCCACUGGGUUUCGCCAGCCCCUCCACCCCAGCCCGGCUGCUGGAGCGCAACUGCAACACCCCCAUCUUCGACUUCAGCACCUUCUUCCGAGAACUGGGGGAGUUCCAAGCCAAGCGGCGCCAAGGCUCACCCUACUACACAAUCUACCUGGGCUUCGGGCAGGACCUGUCAGCUGGGAGGCCCAAGGAAAAGAGCCUGGUCUUGGUGAAGGUGGAGCCGAGGCUGUGCCGGGUAUACCUGGAGGUUGUGCAACGCGAGGGCACGUCUUCCCUAGACAGCAGCAGCCUGAGCCUGUGCCUGUCAAGCACCAGCAGCCUCUAUGAUGACAUCGAGCACUUCCUUAUGGAGCUGGAGCAGCCAGCCUAAGCCAGAACCUCUAUCCCCAAUAAAAAGCCAGUGUUG